AUGGCGCCACCGCAGCCGCCGCUGGCCUCUAUCCCCGUCCCCGACGACCUCCUGGAGGAGAUCUUCCUCCGCCUGCCCACCCCGGACGCGCUCGCCCGCGCCUCCGCGGCGUGCACCUCCUUCCGUCGCGUCAUCAAAGGUCACGCCUUCCGCCGCCGGUUCCGCGCGCUGCACCGGCCUCCGCUCGUCGGCUUCAUGGACGCGGACGGAUUCCACCCCGCCCAGGCGCCGCACGCCUCCGCCCCGCUCGCCGGCGCCCUCGCCCCCUGCGCCGCCGAUUUCUCCUUCGUCCCGGCCGUCGUUUCUUCUUCCUCCUACUACGUCCCGCCGGGCGUCCAAGACGACAGGGAAGGCCCCCGCUGGCGCCCCCGCGACGUCCGCGGCGGCCGCGUCCUCCUCGACUGGAUCUCCCUCCACCCCCGCACCGUGCGCAUUUGUUGCUACUCCGAAGACGACUCCGAUGUAUUCAUCCUCAUGGACGUUAAUGAGCUCCCCCCGCGUGACCACCCCACAUGGACCGGACGGGAGCGGUGCAACGCCGCCGACUUCCACCUCGCCGUCUGCGACCCCCUGUCCAGCAGAUACGUGCUGCUUCCAACCAUACCUGAAGACCUCGCCGCCCAACCGCAAGAUUCUCUUUGGGAGUUCGAGCCUGUACUUGCUCCCAGCACCAGCGAGAAUGGGGAGGAGGAACCCUUCAAGGUGAUAUGCAUAGCAAAAUACCAGACCAAGCUCGUCCUCUUUGUCUUCCCGUCCACAACUAUGCAAUGGUGUACGGUGGAGUCUCCUGUCCUCCCUUCUUUGGACCAGAUGUCCUGUUUUGUCUGUGUGGGUCGUCGCUUCUACUGGACAGAACCUUAUACUUGGGGUGACCAUUUGAUGGUGCUGGACACGUGCACAAUGAGGUUUUCCACUGUCGAUCUUCUCACCGGCUACCAUCAGGAGCUCAGAGAUCUGCAUAACGAGAGCUCUGAUCCUCGGCGUCCGAAUUCUGUCAUUGCGGGUAGGGAAGGAACCCUUGAGAUGUUUUCUCUUGUCCGUCAGGAUGGCUACUUUGCUCUCUACCAUACCUCUCUACAGAAUAAUUCCCAAGAAUGGGAGCUCGAGAAGGUCAUAAGCCUGCCAGGGCAGUAUCGUGACUAUUCCAUUUCCACAGUGGGUGCAGCUGAGGGAUUCUUGUUCUUCCAAGGUGCUCCAAAAGGUAUUCGUGUUGAGAAUGUGGAUUGUUACUCAAUGUCGGUCAGGACUUAUGAAAUUACCAAAGUCUGUACAAGGAUGGAGCAGUUCCUCAAUCGCAAACGUGCUCUCCCCUGCUUUAGCUUCCCGCCGCUGUUAUUGGAACCAACUAUCUGAUCAACUGGUAAGCCUAAUUAUUUUA